AUGAAGGACCUGGGGCCCUUGCACUUCUUCCUCGGGAUCCGUGUGCGUCGUACGUCUCGUGGCUUCUUCCUCAGUCAGGAGCAGUACGCCGAGGAGAUCCUCCAGCGCGCCGGCAUGUUGCAGUGUAAGACCGCCACCACGCCUGUCGACACCCUUCCCAAGGUUGCCGCCGACGCUGGUGACCCGGUUGCCGAUCCCUCCGAGUACCGAAGCCUCGCCAGUGCCCUUCAAUACUUGACCAUGACGCGUCAUGAUCUUGCAUAUGCCGUGCAGCAAGUCUGCUUACACAUGCACGAUCCGCGUGACGGUCAUCUCGCCAUCGUCAAACGUAUUCUCUGA